AUGCAUGUCGUGGACCCGACUCGCUUCCCUUUGGCUGCCGACGCUCAGUACAGGCCGCAUCCGCAUACUUUAACUGACGCCAAAGCCUUUUACGCCCAAUAUGGCAUCGAGAAUAUGGUUCUCGUGCAACCAUCAAUCUAUGGAGACGACAAUUCAUGCAUGCUGGAAGCCCUUGAGCAAUUGACGCCCAAGCACGGGCGCGCCGUGGUGGUCCUCGAUCCAGAGACCAUCGACGCGGAGACACUGGAGAAAUGGCACGCUCUUGGGGUGCGAGGCGCGAGGCUGAACCUCGUCAGUGUGUCGCGGGACAUGACCGAGGAUGAACUGCGCGCCGAACUGCAGAGUUAUGCGAGGGUUUUGAGGCCCUUCGAUUGGGUCCUUCAGCUCUACGUCCCGUUGAAACUGGCAUUGCCGCUGUUGAACGUCGUCCCAGAUCUGGGCAUCAGAAUUUGCAUUGAUCAUUUCGGAUCACCUGUCCUUCCCGAACCAUUUGACCCGUCCACAACUGUAUAUCCCUACGACAUGAGAGGCUUCGCGUCCCUCGUCAAUCUGCUCCAGGAUGGCAGGACGUGGGUGAAGCUCUCAGCGCCGUAUCGACUUUCCAAAGACCCAGAGAUGAGAGAUCUAGACCCCAUUGGGAGAGAGUUGAUCAUCAAAGGUGCGGAUCGUGUUGUCUAUGCCACGGAUUGGCCUCACACGAGGUUCGAGAAUAUCAACCCAAUGCCCUUCAUUGAGAAAUGCUAUGAAUGGUGUAAUGGCGACGCUACAUUAAUCGAGAAGCUGUUCCGAACCAAUGCUGAGAAGCUUUGGGAUGCAUCUUCAGAGACAUAG